AUGGUCGUACCAAAGCGAUCCGCAAGCCCCCUCGAGGGUGACGUCCUCAAAAGCACCAAGAAGCCGUCAAGCCGCAACUCUAACUCUACCACUGAUUCUACCGAGACACCAGCAGAUGUCCCCGUCGGGAUCAUUGUGUCUCUACGAUUGGAUUCUAAAGCGAAACGGAAUGACCCCGAGUCCAACCAGCAUGUCGACCGACGAGAUGACCUGGCCGAUGGUUCGGAAGACCAGCCUAUUCAAGAAAACCCUGGUACUAUCCAGGGAGAUGAUGACGCCGAGUUUGAAGAAGAGAUCAAGGCGCUAUCCAACCUGAGUGGUCUACCAUUCCUCGAUGACUUUGCCCAUUUAAAGUGGCUUGAACGGAUCGAUCGCCUUGCCAUUUUAAAAAGAACCCGGAUUGGACGUUGCGACGCCAUGUUGAUUCGACGACUGCAAAUCCACCACAAGUUUUGGACAGCGAUGGAAGAGCCAACUCGACAAACCUCGGAACUCGCUUUCGAACUGUUUGAUCGGUAUGGUCGUCUUCGCAAAGAGUUUCGAGAACACCCUGUCAACAAAGGCACGGGCGUUUGGGGAAGAGAACUCGAUGGUGAGGAUAUCCUUCUCUUUGAGAGCAUUCGAAUCGAGCCUGGGCAUCGUCGCCAAAAGAUCGGGACCAAGCUUGUCAAUGCUGUUCUUAACAAGGCUCGGCGCAAGACGACAAAGUUCUUUGCUCUGGCCAAACCAAGAUGCCUCGUGGAUGAGUUUGAUGACGAGGAUACUGAGCAAAGGGUAGUGGCCACUGAGGCUGCUGAGCAGUUCUUCCUUUCGAUAGGCUUCAGACGUGUCGGAACUUCUGGCUGGUUUGCAUUCACGGACGACACGAGCCAUUCCUCAAAGCGUCUGGAGACUUCAGAUGACUGGAACCAGCCUCGCCUCACUCAAGUGCCACAGUCAACAGUGGAGACCUUUGACAGGCUCAGGGGACCUGAUAUGGUUGACUGUGAAUGCGUUCGACUACUGCAAACCGACUUGCGACUUGAGCUCGAGGACAACCCCGGAAUCUCACUGGACGAAAAGGAAAACACGAUUCUGCAUCUUUUCGCAUUGCGGACCUGGCCCAAAUCAAUCGCAUAUGCUAUCGACAAGUGGCCCCAGUUGAAGAAUGCCCGAAAUAGAGAGGGACACACACCCCUUGAAGCGCUACAAAGAUUGCUGGAGAUGUCAAGAACAACUCGGAUCGAAAAAGGCAAGACGCAUGUGGUGUCUGACGAUUUUCGAGGUUUCAGCCCUGUGCAGAUUGCAUCGCUCGGUGCCUUGGAAGAUGUCAAUGUCUGUGAUCUCGACAAGGUCUCAAAGGACAUCAUCUCCCGGGUUUUCACUACACCAAAGCAAGAAUUCCAACGCAUCCCCGGUGCUAGCGAGAUUCAGAAGACGUUGAGAUUAAAGGUAAAUUGCAACUGGGGGCUCUCUGGGAUCAGAUCGACGAUGGCCGUCUAUGGCUCAAGUGGAACAGAACAGAACUGA